CAGAUAAACAUGUACGUUUCAUGUUAGUCUGACUUAGGCAUAUCAAGAUAGUGUAAUUGUAUGUUACUUUUUUAUGAUGUUAGCCGAAAGACAGACGGGAAUACACCACAAACAACAUAGAGGUAUAAAAAAACACCUAAAGCUCUUGAGACCAGAACAAACUGAAAGAGAAGGACAAAGAGUAAAUAAAAGAAGACGCUACAGGGCUAGCAUUUGCAGUACUGCUGUCAGUACUCAUAGAGGGUUGACACAAUAACAGGUAAUCAACAUAUUCAUGGACUUUUUCAACUCUGCUCUUGGACGAAAUAUCACCUUUAUUCGUCCUGCAUAUUUCAUAAUCAGUGGAUUUGUUGGCAUUCCUUACACAGAGUACUACUAUGUUUUUCUCUGUUUUGUCUAUAUUGCUUCAGUCCUUGGAAACACAGUAGUGAUGGUCCUGAUCUACCUGGAUCAUAACCUCAGAACUCCUAAAUAUAUUGCAGUUUUUAACCUUGCUUUUGUAGACCUGUUAGGAAACACUGUUCUGGUGCCAAAGGUGAUUGAUAUCUUUUUAUUUAAUCACCUCCUCAUCCCUUACAUUGACUGUUUGAUUUUUUGUUUUUUCUGCUACACCUGCCUUUCAAUGCAGUCUCUAAACCUGGUUGCUCUGUCCUACGACCGGAUGGUGGCUAUCAUGUUUCCUCUGCACUAUCAGACAAAGGUUACACACAGAUUUAUGUUUAGUUUGAUUGCCUUUUUCUGGCUGUUUGCUAUAAUAGCUCUCCUGAUUGCUGUUGGUCUUCUCACCAGACUCUCCUUCUGUGAUUCAGUUGUAAUUAACAGCUAUUUCUGUGAUCAUGGUCAAAUCUUUGGUCUGGCAUGCAAUGAUAAUUUUCCCAGUGACGUUAUUAGUUUUUUGUUGCCAGUUCUUAUUAUUUGGAUUCCUCUAUUAGUCAUCUUAUCAAGUUACAUUUGUAUCGGCUAUGCUUUGUCUAAAAUAACAUCAGGUCAAGAAAGGGCAAAGGCACUGAAAACCUGCUCAGCUCACAUUUCAUUGGUGGCAAUCUUUUUCACCCCCAUUUUAAUCACAUUUACUAUUGGUCCACAAAUACAUCCUAAUGCUAGGAUAAUAAACUUGUCUCUGACUUCUGUUUUUCCUCCCAUGUUGAAUCCAAUUAUUUAUGUUUUACAAACACAAGAAAUCAAAAAUUCAAUGAAGAAAUUGUUAGAAAUGAGGAGAAAAUCCAGAAUCAUGGUAAAGUGAGAUCUAAAUGAAGUAACAAGGAGAAAUUGAGACGCACUGAUGUUUAGCAGAUAAAGAACAUGUGUGUUUUUCAGAAGUCACAAAUUGGGUGUGGACAUUCAGUGAAGAAAGAAUUAAAAAAAGUCAAAACAUUUUUCAUUGUAUUGAUUUUUUUUUUAUUACACAGAACUGUGAGACUGACAUUUCAAAGAAGACAUUGAAGGCCUUUAAAGUGUGUUUAGCCGAUUGCCUUAAAUAAUUCAUGCCACUAAAAGUCAUUUUGGAUCAUCUUUUAUUUUUGCUUUUUAUGUGUGUGUUGUAUGCUUAUGCGUGUUUAUGUAUUUAGCAGACGCUUUUGUCCAAAGCGACUUACAAGUGAUAAUCGGCAUGUUGCCCUUGAGGCUAACAACAACAAUAACAACAACUUGCCAUCAAUCAUGGAGAGGAGGGAACAAAGGAGUGGACGGUAGAGAGGGGGGUGGGUGCAGGGAAGGUGCUAGUUAAGAAGAUGCUCUCUGAAGAGCAGGGUCCUCAGGAGUUUCUUGAAAAUUGAAAAGGAAGCCCCUGUUCUGGUAGUGCUUGGAAGGUUAGCAAUUUGAAUUUGAUGCGUGAAGCUAGCGGUAGCCAGUGGAGCUCAAUGAACAGAGGAGUGACGUGUGCUCUUUUUGGCUGGUGUUUUAUGUCUGUGUUAUUUUUUCAGAUGAAAAAGUUUAAACAUGAUCCUUUUUAAGUUUGUGUACUGGAUUAAUAUAGCUUAGCAACAUUAUAAAUGUGCAUGUUACUUGCCAUUUAUUG